GAUGGAGCAACUGUUUUAAAUGUAAUUGGUGAGACAGAAAAGAAAGGUUUGAAGCUUGGCGAUAUUGUUGGACCAUUGGAAGAAGGCACGCCCGGCAUGUUAAGUCUUGGAGAUCACAGGUUAUCUGGGCAAUCUAUGGUAACCUACUUGAAUUAUGGACCGUUCUCUUCAUUUGCUCCGCAGUAUGACUCAACAUGGGCCACGCUCACAAAACGAGACUCGGAUCUACUGUUGAGAACGUACGGUGAUCGUUCCACAGUGGCAGAUGUAAUGUCUUUGAGAGACAUGGUAGCCGAUGCAGGAGCUCACUUCGUAAAGGUUGUUGAUGAUCUUCUUGAUACGCUGACAGAUGGUGAACAUUCGAGAGCAAUGACGGAGCUCAAGAAAGGAGAGAAGGUAAGCUAA